AUGGAUGGAAAAAAUCCAUAUGAUUUUGAAAGUUUAGUCAGUUUGAUGCGGAUGAAUUUCGCUUCAAUCGUAGAAAAGGUGAAGGGAAUGAAAGUGUUUAUAUUGGACUCAGAAACGAGUAAAAUAAUAUCGCUGGUGUAUACGCACUCAUAUUUACUGGAAAAUGAAGUGUUGCUUACGCUAAACAUAGACGACGGAACGAUAUUUGACCCUGACCCGAAUGUGACAGUCGACGCGAACCUGAAGUACAUGAAAGGAGUGUACAUAGUAUCGCCAAACAUGGAAAACCUUAAUAAGAUCUCAUCAGAGCUUAAGAAUCCGCACUUUAAGGAGUACUACGUGUACUUCACGAACAAAGUGAAGGAGGAUCUGCUGGAGCUGAUGGCGAAGUCAGACACACUGGAGCUAGUCAAGGGAGUAUACGAGUAUUUCGUGGAUUUUUACGUACUAGACGAGUCCCUAUUCACACUAAAUAUCGCAAACCUGCAGUCGCUGUACAAGGAUGACGUUAACAUGAUGCUGGACUUCAGCGUGUCGAAGAUGGUUAACUCGCUGUUCUCAGUGUGCUGUAUGCUUAACCAAAUACCCACAGUAGUGUACAGAAGAAACAAUCCGAUUCUGCAGACAAUAGCAAAUAAGCUGCAGGCGGACUUCAACAACAACAACCUGAACCUGCAGUCAAUAAUACAGUCGUACAACAACUACAACUCGAAGAAUCCGACGGCAGACCACUCGGGCUGCGUACUGCUGAUCCUCGACCGGAGAGAAGACUGCAUCACGCCGCUGAUGAACCACUGGACGUACAGAGCAAUGAUCCACGAAAUGCUGAAGAUCAACAACAAUAAGGUGAUGCUGGAGGACACGGAGUACAUCCUGGGCAUCAACGACGACUUCUACGGGAAACACCUGUUCGACGAGUUCGCAGACGUCGAGUCGGACCUGAACGUGCUGAUAAACGAAAACAAGCCGACCAACUCGGACAUUUACAAGAUUCUGGAGUCGCUGCCGGCACAGUCGAAGACGCUGAAUGACACGACGAGGCACGUGAAGGUGCUGCACGAGCUGUCGAAGCACAUCCAGAAGAACAAGCUGCUGGACUCAGGGAUACUGGAGCAGGACAUAGCGACGAACAGGAGGAACAUAAUCAACGAGCUCGCGGAGUUCCUGAACGACAAGACGGCGCCGACGUACGAGAAGCUGAGGGUGGCCCUGAUAUUCUGCCUAAGGAACCCGGGAGACACGAACAAAGUGGCCAGAGUGAAGGACUACCUGAAGAUGAAUAAGCUGGAACAGCACGUGGGCCUGGUGGAUCUGUGCGUGAAACUCGCUAAAUUCAGGCCAGUCUCAAAGACGAACCAGGACUUCACGCUGUCAUCGCUGAAGGACAAGUUCAACAAGGUGAGCCUGGAGAGCCAGAGCCCGUACCUGCAGUAUAAAUCGCAACUACACUCAACGUGCUACAACCUAGUCAAAGGUAAGCUGGACGUUGAACUGUACGCCACAAUGCCUAGCGCGUAUGAUUUGGGAUACACCCUGAAACAUAAGCCAGCAUCGCUAACGGCCAUUAAUCAUGGAACAAUUAAACCAAUAAAAACCACAAUAACACUGUAUUAG